AUGCCGUACCUUCACCAGUUCGAUUACAUCUUCGCCAUUGGUCUCAUUUUCGCCUUCCUUGAUGCCUGGAACAUCGGAGCCAAUGAUGUCGCCAACAGCUUCGCGACAAGCGUAUCAUCGCGCUCGCUGACGAUGAAGCAAGCGAUGAUAAUCGCGUCUUUCUGCGAGUUUGGAGGAGCAGUAUUGGUCGGCGCUCGUGUCGCAGAUACCAUUCGAAGCAAGAUUAUCAACGUCAACCGAUUCAAGGAUCAGCCAGAAGUUUUGAUGCUCGGCAUGAUGUGCGCACUUGUCGGAAGUUCCACCUACUUGACCAUUGCGACGAAGAUUGGUCUUCCUGUGUCUACAACCCACUGCAUUGUCGGUGCGGUCAUCGGCGUUGGCGUCGCUACUAUUGGUGCAGACGGCGUUGUCUGGGGUUGGAAAGGGGUCAGCCAAGUCUUUGCAGCUUGGGUAAUUGCUCCUGCCAUCGCCGGUGCAUUUGCCGCCAUCCUCUUCACCAUCACCAAGUAUGGAGUCCUCAAGCGCGAAAAUUCAUUCCGCAAGGGUCUCAUUGCCAUCCCUUUUUACUUUGCUCUUACCUCUGGUGUACUGACGAUGAUGGUCGUCUGGAAAGGAGCACCGGCUCUGAAAGUCGACAAACUGAGCCAAGGAGAAAUUAUUGGCACCAUUUUGGGUGUUGCGUUCGGUGUCGCACUCAUUUGCGUCGUUUUCUUCCUGCCUUAUCUCUACCGCCGUCUCAUGCUCGAAGACUGGACAUUGCGCUGGUACCAUGUCUUCCAGGGACCUCUUCUCCUCCGUCGUGGACCUGUGCCUCCUCCACCAGCUGACGAGCAUCACCAAAUCGUUCAGGAUUACUACCGUGGGCAUCUCACAAGAGAGCAGCUCGAAGCCAGGCGCAACGCUCACCCUGGUGAUGCAGAAAAGGCACCAGUGCACACUGAACAAUCGAGCGAAACUGGAACCCCCAAAGGUGCCGCGGCCUCUUCCGAAGCCUCAUCCGAUCAUCAACAUCCUCACCACCAGUCUCACGUUCAGACCUAUGUCGAGUCCAAGGGUCUUCCUCCGUUCGAAGGCGCGUGGUACAAGCCCAAGAACCUUUGGACGAUCGCCACCUGGGCCUUCUUCCGUGGCGUCCACCGCGACCCUGCGACAGAACAGACUACUGCAAAGGGCAACUUCCUCGUUGGGGAUUUGGACGACAUGCAUGCCCGCGUGGAACAUCAUGACAACAAGACGGAACAUCUUUACUCAUUCCUUCAAGUCAUGACCGCCAUGACUGCUUCAUUCGCGCACGGCUCCAACGAUGUCUCGAACGCAAUGGGCCCCCUCGCAACCAUCUACCUCGUCUGGUCGACAGAUACAAUCGCUUCCAAAGCGCCGGUGCCCAUUUGGGUCCUCGUCUUUGGAGGCGCGGCGAUUGUCAUCGGACUAUGGACGUAUGGAUACCACAUUAUGAGGAAUCUCGGAAAUCGACUCACUCUUCAUUCUCCAAGUCGUGGGUUUUCCAUGGAGCUUGGGGCCGCACUUACAGUCGUCCUGGCCACUCGCCUGGCCCUUCCUAUCUCAACCACGCAAUGCAUCGUAGGAGCUACAGUCGGAGUUGGGCUUUGUGCUGGAGAUUUCAAGGCCAUUAAUUGGCGCAUGGUCGCGUGGAUUUACAUGGGAUGGUUCAUUACCCUCCCCUGUACAGGCCUUAUCGCGGGCUGCUUGAUGGCGUUCGUGAUAAAUGCACCUCGAUGGUGA